UCCAAUCACCUCCCACCAGACCCCACCUCUAAUAUUGGGGAUUACAAUUCAACAUGAGACUUGGGUGGGGACACAGAUCCAAACCAUACCAGCAACCCAGCAAUCUGUGUUUUGUUGGGUUUUUUGUUUUUGUUUUUUUGAGAUGGAGUCUUGCUCUGUCCCCCAGGCUGGAGUGCAAUGGCGCGAUCUCGGCUCACUGCAACCUCCACCUCCCGGGUUCAAGCAAUUCUCCUGCCUCAGCUUCCCAAGUAGCUGGAUUACAGGCACCUGCCACCAUGCCCAGCUAAUUUUUGUAUUUUUAGUAGAGAGGAGGUGGGCCAGGCUGGUCUCGAACUCCUGACCUCAAGUGAUCCACCCGCCUCGGCCUCCCAGAGUGCUGAGAUUACAGGCGUGAGCCACCGCACCCGGCCGCAAUCUGUCUUAACACUCUAGGGGAUUCUGAUGCUCACUGAAGUGUGAAAAACACUGCAUUAGACAGUGCUUGGAGAGCACCUGAUAACCAUUCCUUUAGGAACAAAUCCCCCUCCUAUUAAACACAUUAUUCUUUGGAUCGGUUAACAUAUUUUGCAAAACUGUUGGAGCCUGAGCAGCAGGAUUUUGUCAAUACCCCACAUUUAAUGUACCAAUAGGUCCUAUCUUGAUUUUAAUGGUCCUGCCCUACAACCAACCAACCAGCCAAUUACCCACCGAUUCCUCUACUGGGGACAACCUUUUUCACCUUUAUAACUUCUGCUUAUUCACAACAUCUAAUUAUUCAUGGCCUCUGCUAGUUCAUGGCUUCUUUUGUGCACCUUUUUGGCUUCUGAUCCUGAUACCAACUGAACAACUGUCUACGUCAAACUUGUUUAACCCCCUGUUUAACAUUAAGAGUUUUUUUUUUUUUUUCCACAGCUCUUUUCCUUUAGGUCAUCAGCUAUCAUUAGUGUAUUUUACGUAUGGCCCAACACAAUUCUUCUUCCUGGGGAAGCCAAAAGAUUGGACACCCCUGCUCUAAAUCUCAGUUUAAACUCCUGAGAGACACAUAUUGUUGGUGAAAUCGCAAAACUGGUACAAUUUAGGAGGGUAAUUUGGCAUCAUUUAGCAAAACUACAAAAACAUGGCCUUUGCCCCAGUAAGUCCGCUUUUAGGCAUUUAUCCUACAGAUACACAUGCGCAUGUGCACCAAAAAGUGGGGUCUCUCUCUCUCUCUCUCUCCCCUAGCUCGGCCAGAAGCCAGGUCACCUACCCUCGCUCACUCGGGGGCCAGGACCUCUCUCCCUGCCCCUCAGUCAAGGCCCUCUCAGUCCGGGAGGCGCUUCACACCUGGGCAGGGUGGGACUGGGCGCGCCUCACUUCACACUUUCAUCGGUUGGAAGCAGGUGGGGAAGUCCCCGCGGCCUCGGCGUCUCGCACUCCUGGCCCCAACACCUGCUGAAGCCGGCUGCGACUCCAUUUUUCUUUUGUUUCCUCCUGGGAAAGGGAGGACCCGCGCCGCCGCGAAGCACAGCGACCCCGGCCCUGACCCCAGCCGCCCGUCGCCGGUGGGCGGGGCUUGGCGGCCCGGCGGGGCGGGGCUCGGGGCGGGGCCGGCGUGGUGAUGGCCCGGGUUGGAGCCGCCGCCGCUGCCGCCGCCGCCUCAGAAGCAGGAACCGAAGUCGUCGCCGCCGCCACUGCCUGGGUCUCCGGCCGCCCGCGCGCUGCCUGGGUCGGGGCCCGCAGCCAUGGAGGAUUUCAUCGUGAUCUCGGACGACAGCGGCUCUGAGAGCUCCGGAGGCGCCCGCCCGGGCCGGUCGCGGAGGCUGCGCCGGGCCCUGUCGUGAACCCCCGGCGCGCUGCCCCGCCGGACCGUGGUUGAACAAGAAGCAUGGCACCAGCAUCUGCUUCUGGUGAGGACCUCAGGAAGCUUCCAACCAUGGCAGAGGCGAAUGGGGAGCAGAACAAGGGUCAAAAAUUAGAACCCAUCCCUCAUCGAAGACUAAGAAUGGUAACAAAUACCAUUGAAGAGAAUUUUCCCCUGGGGACUGUGCAGUUUUUGAUGGACUUUGUGUCACCCCAGCAUUACCCACCAAGAGAAAUCGUGGCUCACAUCAUCCAGAAAAUCUUGCUCAGUGGCUCUGAGACUGUGGAUGUCCUAAAGGAGGCCUACAUGCUUCUCAUGAAAAUUCAGCAGCUACAUCCAGCCAAUGCCAAGACAGUGGAGUGGGACUGGAAACUGCUCACCUAUGUCAUGGAGGAAGAGGCAUGAGGGCUGAGAUAGCAAAAAGGCCAUGCAUCCGUCCAUUUGGCCUUUUGGGAAACAGUCUGCAGUGGAGUCGACCCUCCGUGAAGGGAAGGCCUGAUGGCGUCUGGUUGAUCCUGCUAGGGAGGGCUCCUACUGGCUCUGGGGGCUUAGCAUCCCCACCCCCACUCCCUGCCUCAUUCUGGCUUCACCGUCUCUCCCUUGGACUGGGCUCUCUCCUUCCUCAGAGUCCACCCUGCAGUCCACCCUGGGUCCCCCAAAAGAUCUUUGUUAUCCCCCAAAGGAUCUGUGUCAUAGAACACAGGUAAGUGUUCAAAAGUUCUCCCCUGGCCGGGCUCACACCCAUAAUUCCAGCACUCUGGCAGGCAGAUUGCAAACAUAGUGAAACCAUCUCUCUACUAGAAAAAUACAAAAAAUUAGCCAGGCAUGGUCCCGCAUGCCUGUAAUCCCAGCUACUCCGGAAGCUGAGGCAGGAGAACUUCGAACCCAGGAGGCAGAGGUUGCAUUGAACUGAGAUCGCACCACUGCACUCGAGCCUGGGCAACAGAGUGAGAGAGGCCCUGUCUCAAAAAGAACAACAAAAAAAGUUCUCCCAUGCUUGAAACUCCUCAAAACCCCUGCACCCCUAGAAUAAAGUACAAGUUGCUUAGUGUGGCAUUCACAGAUCCUCAUGACUCAACCCCAGCCUUCCCUCUGCUGCCCACCUCCCCACUUCUGCACCGUAUCAUGGGUGCCGGGAACACUCAAGCUGCUCCUGGGUACCUGACACACAUGCUUGUUCCAGGCUCUCUGCCUUUGCAUAUGAUGAUCCCUUCCCUUUCCUGCUGACACAUUCUCCACCAGCAAGACUUUUCCUCCUCGGGGAAGCCUUCCCCAAGCACUCCACACAGCUCUCACUUACAAUGCCACACGCUGGGUCCCACUAAUGCCCCAUCAGCGCUCCUCAGCACCCAGCAGCAGAAUCCCUGUCUUCCUCGAGGCAGCGGAGCCUGAGGCAGAGCCUUUGCACCUCCACCAUGGCCCUGUUUUCCUUUCAGCCCUCCCCAUCUGCCCUUUCCAGCAAGGGAGAGGAGGGAGACCUGCGGGGAAGGAACACCUGCUCAUGGGCACCUGCUAUACAGGGCAAGGGGGAAGAAACCUGGCUCUGAAAGUGGAUUCCAGGGGUUCCCAAUCCCAGCCCCCCAUCCCUUACAGCUCUGGGACCUUGGGCAAGCUACUUGCCUGUCUGUGCUUUGCCUUCCUGAUCUGCAGAACCAGUGAAUUAGGACCCAGCUCUUAGGUAGGGAGGCCUAAGUGAAAUGCGGUGUGGAGAAUUUGGUAUCUGGUGAAUGUUCAACAAGGGAUGGUUAUUAUUAUUGCAGCCACCACCUCACUGGCCAAGCGCUGUGCCAGGUGCUCCUACAUCGUGGGAAGGUUUCAGCCAUGCCCUGGCCAGCGAGGCAGGGAUGUCAAGUCCAUUCCACGAAGGAGGCAGUGGGGCACUGAGGCGGCACAGGACUGCCGCUUCUCCUCGCCACCCAGGGCUCAGGCGUCUCCCACUCUCCUGGAGAGUGGUGGAGGCCCAGGAUGCAGAGUGAGGGCAGCUGCAGAUUUGGAAUGUGUCACGCCCAGCCUGGAGUGCCCAGCACAGCCUUGAAGAUGGAGGUGGGGGUGGCGGUUAAGGGAAGUAACAGGCUGCAGGGCUAGGGAUGCAGCCCAGGUGUCAGCUGAUCUCACAAGGCGGAGGGACCUUCGCUUUUCUUCUGCUCAUUGCACUCCCCCAGUGCAGGUAGAAAGGAAGGAACCUCCAUUUUUUGAGGUCUUCCUAUGUGACAGGAGAGUGCAGAGCUGGGAGCUUUGAUAUUACACCCGUUCCCACCAACUCCCAAGAGCUGGUGUUACUGCCCGGUGUCCAUGUCAGUCCAAGAUGAAGCAGCUGGGACUGUCCAGGGAACUGGCACAGUCCCCUCUCCACCACCCUUGCACUAGAGUCGAGGCCUGUCUGCCCAUCACAAUAGUGGGUGUGGCUGAAUCGAUGGGCAAGGUCAAUUUAGGAUCACAAAGACCCUGGACUAAACACCUGAACCUGAAGCUUUACCCCAGCCCUUUCUGCUUAAAUCCCUUGGCUUAUACACAGGUUACACAGUACGCAACCCACACAACUGCACACAGCAGCCCUGAUCAUCCUCAGAGGAGAAGUCUUUUCAACCAGAGCUGUGGAUUCUACCUUCCUGAGCUCUGGGACCACAAUCCAUUGCUUCAGGAUCCAGGUGUCCCGGUGUUAAAACAGACCCACAUUACUGGGGCCUGAUGGUCUCCUCUGCCUUCUGUCUUGCAUCUUUGGCAGCCAAAUGCCUUGGAGUGGCCUACAUGCAGGGUCCCUUGCCUCCCACUCUCAUGGGCUCUGGGCUUCCCUCCGAGUGAUUCCCCCAAGAGCACUCCCCAGUUCCGUGUCUUCUCACUGCUCCUGGGCAUUCGGUGACCACUGUAGUCCCUCUGCGCUGAGGGAACACCACAGGGAUCCUCCCACUUCCCCUUCUCCUCCCCGCUCAAGCCAUGACCCGAGGCCCCGGCUGAGUGCCCUACCUGCCUCUCUCCAGUCCUGUGGGUGAAUCUCCUCAGCCGUUCUCCCUCCUCCGUGUCUCAGUGAGGCCGGAGGAAGCUUACCCAGAGAGAGCCUGAGGGUGGUCACACUGCUCAGAAGGGCAUUCAGGGGGCUGCCCAGAAGCCUUAGUGGGGUAGAGGUGGUACAGGAACCCUCACGCCUUUGGCUUCUCCCCCCUGGACUUGUCGUCCCAGCCCCACCCCAAUUCCUCGCCAGCUUGUAACCCACCCCUCCCCUUGCCCCUCAGCCAAAAGUGACAUGUGAGCGGUCCACAUUUUGUCUGGCCUGCCAUACUUUUUGAAUGUUUCAUUUAGGUGCUAUCAUUUAAAAAAUCAGAAGAUAUCACUU